AUUUCCUAUAAAUAUAUAAAAAUUUAUGAGAUUUAUAUUUUCUUUUUCUAUCUAUUCUCUUUAUGUGCGCUUGCACUUUCAAACAAGGUGAGCUUCGACUUCCCAUCUUUCAGCGUCGGCAACAACAACAUCACACUCGUGGGCGAUUCCUAUCUAAGGAACGGCGUCGUUGGCCUCACAAACGCCAUCGACGAGCCCACUUCCAGCGCCGGAGCACUCGUAUACAACAAACCCAUUUCCCUCCUCGACCCUCUAACAAACACCACCGCUUCAUUCUCAACAACCUUCUCCUUCUCCAUCAACAACGUCAACCCUAUCUCCUUCGGCGACGGUCUCGCCUUCUUCCUCUCCCACGACAACCGCUCCCUCGGCACCGGCACCGGCAUCGGCGGAGGAGGAUCCCUCGGCCUCCCCAACAACUUCGUCGCGGUUGAGUUCGACACGCGCUUCGACUCUCGUUUCGAUGACCCAAACGAGAACCACGUUGGUUUGGACAUCGACACCAUGAACUCUCUCAUGACCGGUGACCCUAUCUUGCAUGGGAUUGAUCUCAAGAGCGGGAACACAAUCACCGCUUGGAUUGAUUACAAGAGUGAUCACACGGUUCUCAAUGUUUUCUUGAGUUAUGCGCGUUCUAAACCUUUGGAGCCUGUCCUCACUGUUCGUGUUGAUCUUUCUCUGUACUUCAAGGACGCCGUUUACGUUGGGUUCUCUUCUUCUACUGAGGGAAGCACCGAGCUUCAUCAAAUUGAGAGUUGGAGUUUUCAUACCAUUGGUUUUGUUCCCGCAAGACCUAGGUUGCAGCCUCAUAACGUUUCUGACAAUUCCGUUAGUGUAACAGUGGGGAAUAACAAUAUCCCUGCUUCUAGUUCCAGCAAGAAUCAUGAUAAGAGGGUUAGGUUUGGAAUUGGUUUUGUCAUUGGGGGUCCUGUGUUUUUCUGUGCUGUUGUGUUUUCUUUCUUGGGGUAUAUUUCUGUUCGGAAAUGGAGGAGGGGUGUUAGAAAUGAUCAAAAGAGUUUCAAGAGUGAGUUUGUGGCGUGUCCUAGGGAGUUUGAUUACAAAGAGUUGAAAUCUGCUACGAGAGAGUUUCAUCCUAGUAGGAUCGUUGGGCAUGGUUCGUUUGGGACAGUUUAUAAGGCCUUCUUUACAUCUUGCGGAACCAUUGCUGCUGUUAAGAGGUCAAGACAUUCCCAUGAAGGCAAGAUAGAGUUCCUUGCUGAACUUUCCAUCAUAGCUGGUUUGAGGCACAAGAAUUUGGUUCAGCUACAAGGUUGGUGUGUUGAGAAAGGAGAGUUGCUUCUUGUGUAUGACUUUAUGCCCAAUGGAAGCUUGGAUAAGAUGCUUCACAAGGAAUCUGAAAGGGGGAAAUUGUUGAAUUGGUCUCACAGGUUCAAUAUUGCUCUUGGGUUGGCUUCUGUGCUGGUUUACCUUCAUCAAGAAUGUGAGCAGAGAGUUAUUCAUAGGGAUAUUAAGACAGGGAACAUAUUGCUUGAUGGAAACUUCAACCCCAGGUUGGGGGAUUUUGGAUUGGCAAAACUCAUGGAUCAUGAUAAGAGUCCUGUUUCAACGUUGACUGCUGGAACAAUGGGGUACCUUGCACCUGAAUAUCUUCAGUAUGGAAAGGCUACUGAUAAAACUGAUGUUUUCAGCUAUGGAGUGGUUGUGCUUGAAGUGGCUUGUGGGAAGAGGCCAAUUGAAAGAGAGGGCCCAAAAAUGGUGAAUCUGAUUGAUUGGGUUUGGGGGCUGCACUCUGAAGGGAAGAUAAUUGAGGCUACAGAUAAAAGGUUGAAUGGUGAAUUUGAGGAGGAGGAAAUGAGGAAGCUGUUGCUCUUGGGGUUGAGCUGUGCUAACCCUGAUAGUGCUGAGAGGCCUUCCAUGAGAAGAGUCAUGCAGAUUCUCAACAAUGAAGCUGCACCUCUUGUUGUGCCAAAAGUGAAGCCAAGCCUCACUUUCUCAUCUGACCUUCCUCUGAGUAUUGAUGAGAUUGUUUCAGAUGCUGAAGAGUUCAAUACCGGUCAAUCUAUGUGUGAGAUAAAAAUUGAGUGAAGUUGCUGAACU